CGUCGUCGUGUCGUCACAACAUUGUCGCGGUGCCAAUGGUGGGUCCUAGCCGUGAUAGCGCCGUCAGUUCGCAACAAUUUAUCGACCGGAGAAGAGAGAUAGUUUGAGUAGGUGCCUCUCUUCUACAUGCCAUCCAGCCAGGAUAGUUCAAAGGAUUACCAAAAUUCAGCCAGCAAGGAGAAAAAUGGUCGACGUUUACGACAUCGUCAGCGGAGUGUGUGUCUUCAUCGUAUCGAUCCAGCUGCUGCGGAAGGUGUUCCCAUGGAUUUACGAGAAUUUUGUCGGACCGAAACUGAUCGGGUCCGGAAUUAAGCUGAAGGAGAUGGGAGAGUGGGCAUUGGUUACCGGAGCAACCGAUGGAAUUGGCAAAGCCUACGCCAAAGCCCUUGCUAAAAAGGGCCUCAAUGUGGUGCUGGUCAGCCGGACUCUCUCCAAGCUCGAGGAUAUCGCUAAAGAGAUUGAAUCCGAGAGUAAGGUCCAAACGAAGAUUAUCGUCGCCGACUUCACGGGUGGAGCGGAAAUUUACGAAGCGAUCGAGCAGCAAACGGCCGGUCUCGAGAUUGGUGUACUGGUCAACAAUGUGGGCAUGAGUUACUCCAACCCGGAAUACUUCCUCGCCCUGCCCGACCAGGAGAAAACCGUGACCAAUGUGAUCACCUGCAACAUCUUCUCCGUCAUCCGGAUGUGUAAACUCUUCCUGCCCGGGAUGGUCGAACGCAGGAAAGGCGUCAUAAUUAAUAUCUCAUCCCUCGCGGCCGUUAUACCGUCACCGAUGCUGAGCGUCUACGGGGCCACCAAAUCGUUCGUGGACAAAUUCAGUGAUGAUUUGGGGUCGGAGUACGCCAAACAUGGGGUCAUCGUGCAGUGUGUGCUGCCAGGUCCGGUGGCCACCAACAUGUCCAAGAUUCGUCGCUCCACUUGGAUGGCUUGUUCGCCCAAAACGUUCGUGUCGAACGCACUCAACACGGUAGGAAUCGCUAAACACACGACCGGUUACUACCCGCACGCCCUGUUCCUAGCAGGCCUCGAUCUGAUCGUAUUUGCGUCCCAAUCCGCGGCGCGAAGAAUCACACUCAAUACGAUGGAGAACAUUCGGUCGAGGGCAAUGAAGCAGGCAGCCGCUAAGAAGGAAACUAAAUAGGGUGUAGUUUGGCAUUAAUUGAAUUCUCUUUGGAUGAUAAUUUUCACCACCAAGCUUCAGUUGGGCGAGUUGGAUUUGUGUGUUAGCGAAAAGUGGAAGUAUGUUUGCGUUAGAUAGGUAGCCUCCGGUAGUUGUUUUUAUACUUUUUUACUCAAGUUAUGAUUUGCUUUCCAAAUCGUUCCAACUGUCACCUAAAGUUGAAGUUGUCGAAGGCAUCUACUACUGAAUGGAGAAAAGGGCUCACAAGGUGGGAUGAAAGAAGUCGCAAAUACAAAUAUAGAUACAUAAGAUUACCAUAACGGUAGUGAUAGUAA